CAGCUCUAGGUUCAGGCUGGGGGGCCCAGAGAUCAUCAGGAUGUCGUAUUUUGGGGAGCAUUUUUGGGGCGAGAAAAAUCAUGGCUUUGAGGUCCUGUACCACAACGUGAAGCAGGGGCCCAUCUCCACCAAGGAGCUGGCAGAGUUCAUCCGGGAGAGGGCUACCAUCGAGGAGACCUACUCAAAGGCAAUGGCGAAACUCUCCAAGCUGGCCAGCAACGGGACCCCCGUGGGGACCUUCGCCCCGCUCUGGGAGGUCUUCCGCGUCUCCUCGGACAAGCUGGCGCUGUGCCACCUGGAGCUGACACGGAAGUUGCAAGAUCUCAUCAAGGACGUUCUCCGCUACGGCGAGGAACAGCUCAAGACCCACAAGAAGUGCAAGGAGGAAGUGGUGGGCACCUUGGAUGCUGUGCAGGUGCUCUCGGGGGUCAGCCAGCUCCUGCCCAAGUCCCGCGAGAACUACCUGAACCGUUGCAUGGACCAGGAGCGGCUGCGGAGGGAGAGCAGCAGCCAGAAGGAGAUGGACAAGGCAGAGGCUAAAACCAAGAAGGCGGCAGAGAGCCUGCGGCGCUCAGUGGAAAAGUACAACUCAGCCCGAGCUGACUUUGAGCAGAAAAUGCUGGACUCGGCCCUGAUCUGCCCUGGACUCCUAAAGCUAGGAUUACAGGCGUCAGCCACCGCGCCCGGCCCCUCAGUUGAGUUUCUGUCUCCCAUCUCAGGACCUCUGGACUUCGAGGCCUACAGUGCGGCUGCCCUGCAGGAAGCAAUGAAACGUUUGCGGGGAGCCAAGGCCUUCCGCCUUCCGGGACUCAGUCGGCGGGAGCGGGAGCCAGAGCCACCUGCAGCUGUAGAUUCCCUGGAGCCUGAUUCAGGGACAUGUCCAGAGGUGGAUGAUGAAGGUUUCACCGUCCGGCCCGACGUGACCCAGAACAGCACGGCCGAGCCCUCCCGUUUCUCAUCCAGCGACUCCGACUUCGACGAUGAAGAGCCCCGCAAGUUCUAUGUGCACAUCAAGCCUGCCCCGGCCCGGGCUCUGGCCUGCAGCUCCGAGGCCGCAGCAGCACAGCUCAGGGCCACCGCAGGCAGCCUCAUCCUUCCUCCCGGCCCAGGGGGCACCAUGAAACGCCAUUCUUCACGGGACGCUGCUGGGAAACCCCAGAGGCCACGGUCUGCCCCCAGAACUGGCAGCUGUGCAGAGAAAUUGCAGUCAGAGGAGCAGGUGUCCAAGAACCUGUUUGGGCCGCCCCUGGAGUCAGCCUUUGACCACGAAGAUUUUACAGGCUCUAGCAGCCUGGGCUUCACCUCCAGCCCCUCCCCUUUCUCCUCCUCGUCGCCCGAAAAUGUGGAGGAUUCCGGCCUGGACUCUCCGUCCCACGCGGCACCUGGCCCCUCCCCAGAUUCCUGGGUCCCCCGCCCAGGCACGCCGCAGAGCCCGCCCAGCUGUAGGGCGCCGCCCCCAGAGGCCAGGGGGAUCCGGGCACCGCCUCUGCCAGACUCGCCGCAGCCCCUCGCCCCCUCUCCAGGGCCCUGGGGGCUGGAGGCCUUGGCUGGAGGAGACCUGAUGCCUGCACCUGCUGACCCCACAGCCAGGGAGGGCCUGGCAGCCCCACCCAGGAGACUCCGCUCUAGGAAGGUGUCCUGCCCUCUCACACGCAGCAACGGGGACCUGUCCCGUUCCCUGAGCCCCUCCCCACUGGGCUCCUCGGCCCCCAGCACCGGCCCGGAACGGCCCUGCUUCUCAUCCCAGACAGGACACGGAGUCUCCCGGGGUCCGAGCCCUGUGGUCCUGGGCUCCCAGGAUGCCCUGCCGGUAGCCACAGCCUUCACGGAGUAUGUCCACGCCUACUUCCGUGGCCACAGCCCCAGCUGCCUGGCUCGAGUCACUGGGGAGCUGACCAUGACCUUCCCUGCUGGCAUCGUGCGUGUGUUCAGCGGGACCCCGCCCCCGCCUGUCCUCAGCUUCCGGCUUAUACACACGGCUCCUAUAGAGCACUUCCAGCCCAAUGCCGAGCUGCUCUUCAGUGACCCCUCCCAGAGUGACCCUGAGACCAAAGACUUCUGGCUCAACAUGGCAGCUCUGACCGAGGCCCUGCAGCGCCAGGCAGAGCAGAACCCCACCGCCUCGUACUACAACGUGGUGCUGCUGCGGUACCAGUUCUCUCGCCCGGGUCCCCAGUCUGUGCCUCUGCAGCUCAGUGCCCACUGGCAGUGUGGGGCCACCCUCACUCAGGUCUCGGUGGACUAUGGCUACCGGCCCGGUGCCACGGCUGUGCCCACGCCACUCACGAACGUCCAGAUCCUGCUGCCCGUGGGGGAGCCUGUGACCAAUGUCCGCCUGCAGCCAGCCGCCACCUGGAACCUGGAGGAGAAGCGGCUCACAUGGAGGCUUCCAGAUGUAUCUGAGGCAGGGGGCUCUGGCCGCCUCUCUGCCAGCUGGGAACCACUCUCAGGGCCCAGCACACCCAGCCCCGUGGCCGCGCAGUUCACCAGCGAGGGGGCCACCCUGUCGGGCGUGGACUUGGAGCUUGUGGGCAGUGGGUACCGCAUGUCGCUGGUGAAGAGGAGGUUCGCCACAGGGAUGUACCUGGUGAGCUGCUGAAUCCGCAGACGCUGCUCUCCCAGCUCUGCACUGCGCCCUGGUGCUGGUUGACCGCCCCUUGCCCUCCAGCGGGACCCUGGGGCCUCCCACCCCAGCCUUCUUGAGACCCAGACUCCGCGGAGAGGAGCCCCAUGCCCAGCCUGGCUGAGCCUGAGAUUCACUCCUCCCCCUCAUGCCAACCCUACGCAGGUCCUGGCCUUUUAAUGUUCUUUGAAUAAACACUUUAUUUUCUAAUAAAAUAAAAAAGGAAAACUU